AUGGGUUGCGCUUCAUCUGAUUCUGCUUCUGCAAAUAAUCCUAGAAAAUUAGAACAAUAAAAAGAGUUUACAGGAGAAAAGAUAUCAUCAGAGAUCUUUGUAGACUUAAAGGAUGGUAACAUCUAUGAAGAGUAUGAGGUCAGGUCAACUUUAGGAGAAGGAGCUUUUGGGUGUGUAAAAUUAGUAGCUCAUCGUAAAACUAGUAUUAAUUGAUAUAAACUAAUUAGAAAUGCCAUAUGCUAUGAAAUAAAUAAAGAAAUAAGGAUUAAUUAAGGAGGAUUAAAAGAUCUUAUUUAGUGAGAUGGACAUAUUGAGGUUAAUUGACCAUCCUAAUAUUGUUAAGUUACAUAAACUAUUUUAAGACAAUAUCUAUUAUUAUAUGAUUACUGAGCUUUGUUAGGGUGGAGAACUAUUUGAUAAACUUGCUUCUGAAAAGAACUUUACUGAAAAAAAGGCAGCUGAAAUAAUGAAAUAAGUAUUAUCGGCAGUGACGUAUUGUCAUGAAAGAAAAAUUAUUCAUAGAGAUCUUAAAUUAGAGAACAUAUUAUUAGAAACUAAAAGUGCCAAUUCAAAUAUUAAAGUAAUAGAUUUUGGUACUUCUCGUAAAGUAUAAGAAGACGAAAAAUUAAAAUUAAAAAUUGGGACUGUAUUUCUUAUCUUAAAUUUAAGUUAUACUACAUGGCACCUGAAGUAUUCCAAGGUUAAUAUGAUCUUAAAGUGGAUGUUUGGAGUGUUGGUGUGAUUCUAUAUAUUCUUUUAUGUGGUUAUCCACCUUUUAAUGGUGAUGAUACAACAAUUAAAAGGAAAAUUUAAAAAGGUACUUUUGAAUUUAAUGGUAAUAAAAUCAUUAAUAUUUAGAUACUGAAUGGAGAUCUAUUUCAUAGGAAGCAAAAGAUUUAAUAACAAAAAUGCUUAAAUUUGAUCCUUAAUAAAGAAUCACAGCUUAAUAAGCUUUGUAAGAUCCAUGGAUUUAAUCAAAAGCUCCAAAUACUCCAGUACAAGCUAAUGCACUUAAUAAUUUAAAAGAUUUUUAUGUAUCAAUAUUUAAGAUUAAUUCUAGAGUACAUCUAAAUUAAAAAAUGCUAUUUAAUUAUUUAUUGUUACUCAAGUUACUACUUAUUAAGAAAAAGAAGAAUAGUUAAAAUAAUUUAAAGCUAUGGAUAUUGAUGGAAAUGGAACUAUUAGUCCUGAUGAAUUAAAGAAACAUUAUUCUAAACUUUAUGGAUAAGAAUAAGCUGAGAAAUUAGUUUAAGAGAUUAUGAAAUAAGUUGAUAUUAAUUAAUCAGGAUAAAUUGAUUUUAAUGGUAUUUUUAUUAUUUUUUAAAUAUUAUUAGAAUUUUUAGUAGCUGCAGUUAAUAAAGAAAAAAUACUUUCCUAAGAGAAAUUAAAACAAGUGUUCUAAAUGUUUGAUAAAGUAAAAUACAUAAUAAUUUUAGAAUGGGGAUGGUAAAAUUCAAAGAGCUGAACUUUAAUAUAUUAUGUCUGGUAUUAAGAUUGAUGAUGGUUAAUGGAAGAAUAUUUUAGAAGAAUGUGAUAAAGAUAAUGAUGGAGAGAUUUCUUUAGAUGAAUUAAUAAAUCUGAUGCAAAAAUUAAAGUGA